AUGACCGCUACCGACAGCGACAACAUGUCUCAAUCGACAACUAACCCCACCAUCGACCUCCUCGAAAGCGAUACCGCCGCCUCACUGACGAGCUAUCCAGCAUCGAGCGCCUCGAGACCCUCCUCCGCCUCCUCAGCUCCCUCCGACGAUCUCUCGAAAGCACAACUCCCGGGAGCACCCAUCUCGCCCCUGUUCGAAGUACGCGACACACCCACAGCCGGUCGUGCCGUAUUCGCCACCCAAGAUAUCGGAGCCGACACCCUCCUCUGGCGUGCAGAGGACCUCACAGUCUUCGCCCUCCUCCGCGAGUACAAGCGCGAGGUCUGCGGACAGUGCUUCGCGUAUGACUACGGCCGAGACCUGCGCAUUCGGGAUCAGGUCGUGGGCUUCGCCUUCUGCUCGGAGGAAUGCCAGAAGAAGUGGCACCAGGAAACUGGUGAGCUUGGCGUCCAGGCAUGGACUGAAGUCGAGAAGCUGGUCAAGAAGAGGGGUAAAGAGGAUAAUGAACUGGUUGACAUUGGUUUACCCCGGCCGCAAGCAAAUGAAAUUGCAGAGGCCUGGGAGGAGACCAAGGCACAGGCAGAACUUGUCCGGGCGUCAAGGAUGGCGGAGUUGGGUGGCGAGGGCGUGAAGAUCACAAAGCAACACCGCAAAGCUGUUCAAAAGGCGCUCCAGCAACCAAUCCAGCCGGACGUCAUGAGCUUUUGCGUUAGCGGCCUCGUCGCCCGGUACAACCACCCCGACAAGUGGGAGCAUGUGCUGUCGCUCGCUGUGGAUUCAACGCCGUACAGCAAUGCAGACAACUUGAAGGCAUUCACCCGCACUUAUCUGCAUCUGCUCGCCAUUCUUCCUCUCCGACUUAUUUCCCUCGCCACCCGGGAGACUUUACACCAACUCAUUUCGCACGACAGCCAUAACUCAUUCGGUAUCCGCUCGUUGGAAGACGAGGGGUCUGAGUUCUUUGGUUAUGGGUGCUGGCCAUCGGCUAGUUACUUCAACCACUCCUGCGGCCCGAACAUUGUGAAGAGGAGGGAAGACAGGGUAUGGGAGUUCAGGGCUGCAAAGAACAUUGCGAGUGGAGAGGAGAUGAAUAUCACCUAUUUGGGCGGCGAAGAGAAAGAUAUGCCAAGGGAUGCCAGGAUGGCGAUCCUGAGGAAGAAUUGGGGUUUCGAUUGUGGAUGUAAGCGGUGUCAGGAGGCAUGA